ACCCGCGAAUGUUGAUUAUGGAUGGCCAUUCUAGUCACAUUACUGGCGAUAUGAUUGCACUGUGCAUUGAGAAUGACAUCGACCUUCUUAUUCUACCGCCUCAUUGCUCUCAUCUACUCCAACCACUUGAUGUUGGGGUGUAUGGACCUCUUAAGCGAUUUCAUGCUCAGGAAGUAGAUCGGUAUACUCGAGCAGGAAUAAAGCGAAUCCAGCGCUCCCACUGGGUUGAAAUCUUCCGGUGUAUUCGAGAGAAGGGUCUUAUACCUCAAAACAUUAGAAGUGGGUGGAGGGCAGCGGGUUUAAUACCCUUUCUCCCAGAAAGAGUUCUGGCUAACCUUCCACUUCCACCAACCGAACCACCUCGCACUCCUCAAAACUCAACCAAUAUCACUACUCUGGAUCUCUCAAUAUUCCGAAGUUCUCCUCCAGAUGGAACUGAACUAAGGCAUGCAAAUUUAGUAUUUAAUUCAAGUAUGGCAACUUGUGACUCUCCUGCUUCACCGCCAAGAGAAUGACUAGGCUGGUUGAAAGUCAGAAUGCUGAACUCAGCAUCCUUCGGAAGGAGGUGAAAGAGUACAAAGAGAUACUUGAGACACGAAAGAAAAGAACUACGGGCAAGAGAAUUAAGUUGCAAGGCGAAUUUGUAUUCAGUACCGAGGAAGUGUUGAAAAUUGUCCGGGAGGCAGAGUUGAAGUCAACCGAGAAAAGACCACGUGGAAGGCCACGCAAACGGCCAAUUGAAGAAGUAGACGAGGAAGUUGAAGAGGAAGAGGUAGAGAACGAUUCAAGCGACCCAGAAUUGGAAUUGGAGGAGUGUGUGGCACGUAGGACUCGGUCAACUAGAGUAGAAUAAACUUUUUGUCCGACUACCCCAUAUGUCCGACUACCCCAAACGUUACGUUAGCUUUAAUUUUUU